UGAUAAUAGAUUGCUUAAGAUAGCAGUAUCAGCCGACUUCAGUUGCAAUGUAAACAGAAAGCGAAGAAUUCAUCAUGCACUUAUCAUUUCGAUGAGCUUCAUGUUAUAGUAACACCUUUUGAACUGUACUUGAUUAAUUCGCUACCCAUUAUUGUGGUUUUAAUAUUUUUGUUGUGAUGGAAAUUGUGGGUGAUAUGUAUCAACCUUUCUAUCCCAAUCCAGAUGCAGUAGUUUACAAUGUGACCAUACCCUAUCAAGGAGGAAUUCCUGGUGGAAUAUAUGAUGGAAAGAUGAUUGAAAUUAGUGGCUCAGUUCCAUAUGGGGCUCAUAGGUUUGAGGUAAAUUUGAAUACUGGAUUUGAUCCUUCUUCAGAUCGAGCUCUGCACAUUAGUUGUAGAUUUGACCAACACUGUGUUGUCCGCAAUAGCUAUGAGAGAGGUUGUUGGAGUAUUGAAGAAAGGCAAGGAAGUUUUCCGUUUUCUGCUGGUCGGGAUUUUACAUUGAUGAUUAUGGCAGAAAUCGGCUGUUAUCGUAUAGCUGUUAAUGGUCAGCAUUGUUGGGAGUUCAAUCACAGACUUCCAAUGGAACGAGUCAAUUCCGUUUCCAUUGAUGGUUCCGUCCAAAUCCAUAAGAUUGAAUUUAUAGAUAGAAUGAACCCUUAUCGACCUUCACCUUACAAUCCUCCUCCUAUUGCUAUCUGUCCAGCUGCCAAAGUCGACCCUGGAUUUAUGCCUGGAGUCGGGCCUGGAAUCUGCCCAGUUCCUUCCAUUCCAUCCUUCCCGUCAGUUCCUUCCAAUCCAGGCACUUGCACUAUUCCUGCUUAUCCAUCUUUUCCUCCUACCACAACAUGUGUCAUCCCACCGCCUGAACAACUUCCAGGUUACAUUCCAGGGGGAUCUAACUUGGCACCUGUCUAUAAUCCACCUAUACCAUAUGCAUAUCCUAUUUAUGGUGGUUUAAAAUCAGGUAUGAUGAUUUAUAUCAGUGGGCGACCCUCUGCAAGUGCUCAUAGGUUCACCAUCAACUUUCAGAAUGGUACAGCUCCCUACCCGCCUCCAGACAUUGCUUUCCACUUUGACGUCCGCUUUUUCAGCCGCUCCGUGGUGCGCAACAGCCGAUGCAACAACACCUGGGCUGCCGAAGAGAACCUCGUUGCGCACUUCCCCUUCCAACCCUCUGUCAACUUCGACCUCAUUAUCCGGGUCGAGUUCGAAAAGUUCAUGGUGGCCGUCAAUGGCCAACACUUCGUCGAAUUCCGACACCGCCUCAAGCCUUUGGAUCGGUUCGAUACCCUCUACAUCGAGAACGACGUCAUCGUUUCUUCUAUUCGUUUCGCUUAAAAAAGUGCCUUUUGAGACCUUAAUUUUUUUUAGAAAUUAAUUUUUAUUAUUUUGUAAUGGAAAUGCAUUUAAUGUGGAGCAUUUCCUGAACCAGAACUUAAUUCUGAGCUGUGCCUUUAAGAGUACUUAGCAGCUCAUCUUAGUUUUACAGAAAUUAAAUUAUUUUUCUACAUAAUUAUAAAAACAUAGGGAAUUAAAUGUUAGUAUCAUUUUCUGUCAUCUCUUUAAAUGGUGCCAUUCAACUGUUUCCUAUAUGCAUAUUUCUAUUAUGAAGCUCAUCUACAUUGAUGCAAAUCCCCUGUUAUGUCAAAUUGUAGCUUUUCUAAUUUUAAUAAAUAGAAUUGUUUUAUACUGUGAGAGUUUUAAGACGAAUGUAAAAACGGCUUAUCUUUUAGUGCACUUUCCAGUUCUUAAAAAAUUUUCAGUAUUUUUUAUAAUCAAUAAAUUAUAAGAUAGAUUGCACAUUUACAGUGCAGCCAUUUUUUGAAAUGUGAUAUUGUUGUGAUAAUUUUCAAUAAAACAAAAUAAUUUGGAAUAAUAA